ACUCCCGACUCGUCCCACUGGUGUUGCAGUUGACUUGCAAACGACGAUGAGCAUCUUUCGCGACCCAGCGCGCACGGACCACCCGUACAAGGACCCAACACCGCUGCCAGAAUCGGUACCAAAGGUUCAGGAGCUGGGUGUGUCGAGUGCACCUCUCAAGAGCGCGGCAUUUUUCAUCGGAGCGCAUUGCAAGGAAUUCAAUGAGGACUUUAUGCUCUGCAAGAACGAGAGUGGGGGGGAUCCCGGAGCUUGCUUGAAGGAGGGACGUCGGGUCACCCGGUGUGCGACUGACCUGAUCAACAAGAUGCGGGAAAACUGCCUCGAACAGUUCGAAACACACUGGAACUGUCUCGAGUUGAACAACCAAGAGUAUUAUGCCUGCCGCAAACCGGAGCGUUCGCUGAACAAGUGCAUGUUUGAGAAGCUCGGUCUUGUCAAAACGAUUCCUGGCAGUUCUCCGUCUCAGAAGCAGAUCCACGAGGUCGAGAAUCCGAUAUAUACCACUAUCCAGCGAUAGAGUCGUAUUUACUGUUCUCACACUACAUAUAUACGACGCAUGCAUACGCUGGGACCAUGUACCGUAGACUACAUAGCGAAUGCAUGUUGCCGACAGUCGAGUAG